ACGCGCUACCAGAACGGCGAACCGGCAGCGAAUCUGAACUACUCCUCUGAUUCCGAAGAUGACAGUGACAUUCCUGUAGCACAUCCGGUUACAGAUUACGACAUCCUUAUUGACGCUUUACCGGCGGGAACCGUCAGCGAUAUUCACGAGAUCGCAACAAGGAUGGUGGCCGCCGGAUACGGGAAGGAGUGUUCGCACGCGUACAGCGCCUGCAGGAGAGAGUUUCUGGAGGAGAGUCUGAGUAGACUGGGGUUGCAGAAGCUGAGUAUUGAUGAAGUGCAGAAAAUGCAGUGGACUGAGCUGGAAGACGAGAUUGAGAAAUGGGUCAAAGCGGUCAACGUUGCGCUCCGGAUUCUGUUCCCGAGUGAACGCCGUCUAUGCGAUCGCGUCUUUUUCGGAUUCAACUCUGUUUCUGAUCUGUCAUUCAUGGAAGUUUCUAGAGGUUCUACGAUUCAGCUUCUCAACUUUGCUGAUGCUGUUGCCAUCUCAAGUAGGGCACCGGAGAGACUUUUCAAGGUGCUGGAUGUUUAUGAGGCGCUUAGGGAUUUGAUGCCUGAAUUUGAAUUGUUGUUUAUGGAUCAAUAUUGUGUGUUAUUGAGGAAUGAAGCUUUGACUAUAUGGAGAAGAUUAGGUGAGGCUAUUAGAGGGAUUUUUAUGGAGUUGGAGAAUUUGAUUCGCCGCGAUCCUGCCAAAACGCCUGUUCCAGGUGGUGGGCUCCACCCGAUUACUCGAUACGUGAUGAAUUAUCUCCGCGCAGCUUGUCGAUCCCGGAUUUCUCUUGAACAGGUUUUUGAGGAGUCUGCUAGUGCUGUUGAUUAUAGAGGAGAAGUGGAUCAUAGAGCGCUUUCAUCGUCGCCCUUGGCUGUUCAAAUGGCGUGGACCAUGGAGUUACUUGAGAGUAAUCUGGAAGCAAAAUCCAAGAUUUACAAAGACUCUGCUUUAUUGGCUGUUUUUAUGAUGAAUAAUGAAAGAUACAUUGUUCAGAAGGUUAAAGAUAGUGAGUUGGGAUUACUUCUAGGUGAUGAUUGGAUACGGAAGCACGCAUCCAAAGUUAAGCAGUAUCAUGUCAAUUAUCAACGAAGUUCAUGGAGUAAGGUUUUGGGAGCUCUGAAGAUUGAUAAUAAUGCUAUGUCGCCUACUGGAGCAUCAAGGUCUUUGAAAGAAAAGCUUAAGUUAUUCAAUUCCUACUUUGAGGAGAUAUGUAAAACACAAUCCAAUUGGGUAAUCUUUGAUGAGCAACUGAAGGAGGAUUUGAGGAAUUCCGUAGCUGGGAUUUUGUCUCCAGCAUACCGCAACUUUGUUGGAAGGUUGCAGAGUAGUCACGAUGCUGGGAGGCAUGCGGAGAGGCAUGUCAAGUUUAGUGUGGAGGAUCUUGAAGCUCGAAUUACUGAGUUGUUUCAGGGGAACAAUGGAUCAGUUGGUGGCAGGAAGUGAGUACAAAGUCUGUAAGCAAGUGAUUGCAUCUCUUGUACCAUAUAUGUAUGCUAGUUUAGCUUUUAGAAAUUUUGUUGUAUGUUCAUGUAAUCCUGGUCAAUUAUGGCCUUUGUCAAUUGUGCCUUCUAAUAUUUCUUGUACGCAUUAUCUUAGGCUUGAUUAGUUGCUUGUGUUGGAAGAGCUUUGUGCCAUAUGGCUAGUUAAUACUUUCAGAAAUGAAUAUGACUUUUAGCGUUUAUCUC